AGCAGGGUCCAGGGACUGUUGCAGGUUCUUGGGCAGGGGUUGUUUCUGCUGCUGUGUUGGUGAGCACAACUAUUCUGAUCAGUAGAGUCCAGGGACUGUUGUGGGUUCUUGGACAGGGGGAGAAACAAAACAAACCAAAACCGUGGGCGGUUUUUUCUUUCAGAUGGGAAACACUCAGGCAUCAACAGGCUCACCCUUGAAAUGCAUCCUAAGCCAUUGGGACCAAUUUGACCCACAAACCCUGAAAAAGAGGUGGCUCAUUUUUCUCUGCACUAUGGCUUGGCCCCAAUAUUCUCUCUCUGAUGGGGAAAAAUGGCCACCUGAGGGAAGUACAAAUUACAAUACUAUCCUGCAGCUUGACCUUUUCUGUAAGAGGGAAGGCAAAUGGAGUGAAAUACCUUAUGUCCAACCUUUCUUUUCAUUGAGGGAGAAUACACAACUAUGCAAAGCUUGCAAUUUACAUCCCACAGGAGGACCUCUCAGCUUACCCCCACAUCCUAGCCUCCCUAUAGCUCCCCUUCCUAUUAAUGAUAAUCCUCCUCUAAUCUCCCCUGCCCAGAAGGAAAUAAGCAAAGACAUCUCCAAAGGACCACAAAACCCCCCAGGCUAUCGGUUAUAUCCCCUUCAAGCUGUAGGGGGAGGGGAAUUUGGCCCAACCCAGGUACAUGUCCCCUUCUCCCUCUCUGAUUUAAAGGAGAUCAAGGCAGACCUGGGGAAGUUUUCAGAUGAUCCUGAUAGGUACAUAGAUGUCCUACAAGGUCUAGGGCAAACCUUCAGCCUCACUUGGAGAGAUGUCAUGCUACUGUUAGAUCAAACCCUGGCCUUUCAUGAAAAGAAUGCGGCUUUAGCUGCAGCCCGAGAGUUUGGAGAUACCUGGUAUCUUAGUCAAGUAAAUGAUAGAAUGACAGCUGAAGAAAGGGACAAAUUCCCUACUGGUCAGCAAGCCAUCCCCAUUAUGGAUUCCCACUGGGACCUUGACUCAGAUCAUGGGGACUGGAGUUGUAAACAUCUGUUGACCUGUGUUCUAAAAGGACUAAGGAGAAUUAGAAAAAAGCCCAUGAAUUAUUCAAUGACGUCCACCAUAACUCAGGGAAAGGAAGACAAUCCUUCUGCCUUCCUCGAGUGGCUAGGAGAGGCCUUAAGAAAAUAUACUCCCCUGUCACCCAAAUCACUGGAGGUCAAUUGA